UGAUCCGUAGACGUUUUUUCUCAGAGCCGUCGUCUCCUCUCGAGAAGCGGCGCAGGCUGCACAUGCGCGGUGGUUGUGGUUCUCUCUGGUUGCAAAGGGAAAGAAUUUUACUUUCUUGCUGAGUCCAGAGGGUAGAGCUGAUUUGGCUGAGAGUUGGAAGCACAGGUGGACAAGCAUCACUUUCCAGAGAAGAUGACUUCUAAAGCCUGUGUGCCUCCGGAUAUCAAUCAAGAUGAAAAUUUUGUUGAGGAAAAGAAUAGAUUACAAACAUUUGCUAAUUUUCCGAGUAAUAGCCCGGUUUCAGCAUCAACACUGGCACGAGCAGGUUUUAUCUAUACUGGUGAAGGAGAUACUGUGAAGUGUUUUAGCUGUCAGGCAGCUGUAGAUAGAUGGCAGUUUGGAGACUCAGCAGUUGGAAGGCAUAGGAAAGUUUCUCCAAACUGUGGAUUUAUUAAUGGUUUUUGUUUUGACAGAAAUGCUCCACAGUUUCCAAAUCCCAUUGCCCAAAACUGUCAGUAUAGACCUGAAAAUUGUUCAAUGAAUUUAAGUCAUUUUGUUUUGGAGAGGCCCCUUGAAACUUACAAGGAAUAUCUUUUGAGAAGAGGGCAGGUCAUUGAUGUAGCAGAUACCAUAUUCCCAAGGAAUCCUGCCAUGUGCAGUGAAGAGGCUAGACUGAGAUCUUUUCGUAAUUGGCCAGAGUAUAUUCACCUCACCCCAGAAGAGUUAGCAAGCGCUGGACUCUAUUAUUUGGGUAUUGAUGAUCAAGUGCAGUGUUUUUGCUGUGGGGGCAAAUUAAAGAAUUGGGAACCAUGUGAUCGGGCAAUGUCUGAACACAGAAGGCAUUUCCCUAAGUGUUUUUUUGUUUUGGGACGGGAUGUUGGUAAUACUCCAGUUAAAAGUAACGCGAGUCUUGAUAGGAGCUGUCCAAACCCAACCUAUAUCCCAAAGAAUCCAGCUAUGGCAGAUUAUGAAGCACGACUCCUUUCUUUUGCAACAUGGGUAUUCUCGGUGAACAAGGAGCAGCUUGCAAAAGCUGGAUUUUAUGCUUUCGGUGACCGUGAUAAAGUAACGUGCUUUCAUUGUGGAGGUGGACUUAGUGAUUGGAGACCCACUGAAGACCCUUGGGAGCAACAUGCUAAGUGGUAUCCAGGAUGCAAAUUUCUGUUAGAAAAGAAGGGCCAGGAAUAUAUCAACGAUAUUCAUUUAAAGAAUUCACUUGACAAUUCUGUGGCAUCAUUGGCCAAAAGACCAUCAGCAACUAGAGAAAUUGGUUAUAUUGUGUUACAAAGUCCUUUGGUACAAGAUGCAAUGCGAAUGGGUUUCAGUUUUUAUGAGGUUACAAAAACUAUGGAAGAAAAGGUAAAAGCGACUGGAAACAACUAUCAGUCACUUGAAGUUCUAGUAGCAGAUCUGGUGAGUGCUGAGGAAGCACGCACACGAGGAGCAUCAAGUUCAUCACAGAAAGAGAUUAGUACUGAAGAACAGCUCAGGCGUCUGCAAGAGGAAAAGUUGUGUAAGAUCUGCAUGGAUGAGAACAUUGCUAUCGUUUUCAUCCCUUGUGGACAUCUGGUUACUUGUAAAUCCUGUGCUGAAGCAAUUGACAAAUGUCCGAUGUGUUAUACUGUCAUUACUUUCAAGCAAAAAAUUUUCAUGUCCUAAUUGCAAUUCUGUAGUUGGAUUAGUCUGGUCUUUCUGUUGGCUUCGCUGUGCAAUGAGAUGCUACUUGAGUGGCUUUUGAUUAUAGAUGAAGGAUAAAAUAAUAUCCUCAAUGAUAAUUUUUCCUAAAAACUGACCAGAUUAAUUCCUUGAAAUGUCUUUGAAACCUUUGUGAAGUGUUUUCUGUUUUGUUUUCUUUUUUCACAGUAAGCAGUAGAAUUCUUAAGAAGCUAUACCCAAACUGACCAAAGUGUCUGCUCCUAAGCUAUGCUCUUUCCUAUUGACUUGAUUAUGUGAUAUGAAGCCACUUGAGUGGCUCUUGAUAUGUGAAGGAAGAAAUAAUGCAGACAAUGAUAACUCUUCCUAAAAACCAAACAGGUUCAUCCCUUGAAAUGUCUUUGAAGCUUUAGCAUAGCAUCUAUCUCAUUUGUUUUGUAUUUCACAGUAAUCAGUAGAGUAGAAAGCUAUCUCCAAAUGGACCAAAGUGUGCUAAAUGGGUGUCGAUGUAAGGGGCUUAAUCAGCUGGGAAUUUUUGUCUUAUAAAAGACUUGGCAAAAACCUCCUAAGUCACUGUGGAGAUUGUGAUUAACCUGACCAGUCAGUUCAUAAGAGGAAGGAACUAUCCAGGCAGUCAUGAAACAACAAGGCUAACACAUAUAGUUUUUCUUUCAGGUAAUCAGAAUUAAAACAAAAAUACCAUAGAACAAAGGUAUAUGAGAAUGGUGAAAGAAAAACAAUUUUUUGAUAUUUAAGUAAUUAUUUAUGAUUUAAAGUCUUAAUAGUGUUGAAACACCUACAAAUAUUAGUUGUCACUCAGCAUUGGUUUUCCUAAUUCUUCCAAGAAUGGAAGGCUUUUCCUUUUAGAUUGGUACUGAAAAGCUUUAAGCAUCUGUUAGUACUUCAGGGUGGGGGGGGAGAAAUUUCCCCCACUCUCUUGUUUCCAAGUCAAAUAUUUCUGGUUUCCUAAAAUUGAGGAUGGAAAAGACUCCUCAUUCAUAAGUAAGACACUGAACACUUUGCUCAUUUAAAGUUGCCUAAGUUAUUCUCCAGAACUUCCAGAAGAUUUUUAUUAACCUGGUGUAAAAUCUGGCAGCCAAGGUAAGGAAAAGUAGAAUAAUGUUUGUUCACUGACUGACUGCCAACCCCAGUGGAAAAUAGCCUCUUUCUCCUUUGAACUCCCAAGGCACCUCACUGUAAACUUUCACGCUUUAUCCUUGUAUUUAUAUUUAUAUGUGAACUUGUUUUAGUUUCCCAGCUGGACUCUAUGUUCCUUAAAGGCAGGGAAGACUUUGCAUCUUAUUCUUUAUAUCUCCUACAGAGCAUAGCAUGGGGCUCUGGGCAUACUAAGUGCUCAAUAAAUACUUGUUGUUUGGCAAAUAUGAUUAUAUUAUUGGCUUUUAGUGUAACUAUUUUAAUGUCCUCUGCCCUCUCUUUCUUCCUGUUGUGAGCACCCGUUAAGUGCAGUUCCAAUGGUGUUCAAAACUACUGGUAUCUUGGACCCUGGGGCAUGUAAUACUUGGUGGGGAGGGAAGCACUAGUUAUAAAAAUCCUAAGUACUGACAAGGACAUAACAAAACAAGCAGAUUUUUAUGUAUUGUCAAGAUUACAUAAAAGCACUCCUGAAUUAAGAAUACUUAGCUAUAAUAAUGGAGGUUGCCUAAUGUUGUAAGGCGUACCUCAGGGGCUUGCAUUAAGAGAGCCUCCUGGUGCAACACUUGACAUCGAGGCAUUUUACUUCACAGAAGAGGUUCAAAAUACAACCAUUAAAGCUGUUAUUCAAAAUAUAUUUUGCAAGAGAAAGAUUAGUCAUGCCCUCCUCCGAACUUCAUCUGAUAUUGCUUUAAGUUAGCUUUGCACCAUCUUAGGUGAGAUUUUUUUUUUUAAUAAAUGGCUUUUUUCCCCGUUCUUACUCCCUGAAUCCUGGGUUUCCCCAAGUCUGCGUUGUCUUUGAUUUAAGCUGAGUUAUGUAUUUUGUUUACAUAUUACACAUAUCUAAGUUUAUCAAUCCUUUUAAGGAGGAAUAAGUGUUAUGGCUCACGUGUUAAGGAAAUUCAUUUUUUUUUAAGUGCUACGGCCUAACACUUAGAGUUGAACUUAGUUAUUACUAGCAAAGGCUAGAUUAUUUGAAGGGGAGAAAUUCCUCUUCGAAGAGCCUAAGUUGAGUUAAACUGUGGGUUCUUUAGAAACCUAUAUGUUUGGAAGAAAGUAGGGGUUGGUUGAGUUUUGGUUUUUUUGUUUUUUAGAAGCAGGCAAAGACUAUCAUCAUGAGUGGUGACAUUUAAAGCUAGUGUGGUGGCUAACGAGUUCUAUUUUAGGAGUUGUUUGGAAAAUACUGUUGCUUUGGGUUCUUCAAGUCACUCCACUUCCAGUCCUAUUAUUUUAAGACUUUGGUGUAUUUGGCCACUUGUGAAAGGAGAGGCAGGGUGGUUUAGAGAAGACAGUGAUGGAUUUGGAGCCAGGAGACCUAGGUUUAAGGCCUGGCUCCCAUACUGUGUGACCCUGGGCAAAUCACGUCAACCUUCAGAGCCUUGGUGUCUACAGAUGUAAAAUGGAGAUAUUUUACACUAAAUACCUCAUAGGAUUGUGGUUGGGAAAGUAUUUUGUAAACUGUAGAGUACUGCAACAAUGGGAGCCACUCGCCAUAUUUCAGAAAUAUCAUUUCAUUUGUGAGAGUACUUUAUCUACCAAUGCCAGUCAUCAUAAGCUGUCCAUAAUUUAAAGCUUCUUGAACCCUCCAAUGAACCCCUCUUUGGCCAGCCUAGCAUUAAGCUGCUCAGAACUUUGCUAGGCCAGUCCUUAGACAACAGACCAAACAGUUCAUCAUCAGACCCAUCCUUGAAGCCUUUCUGGCUUGAUGUAAAUAAUUGUUUAAUUUAUUUAAAUGUAUAAAUUAGCAGUUCGUUGUAUUAGUAGACCAGUCUUAAAAUAGCAAUGUGUGAUUUCAAUGCUGUAUUUCAACUUUUUAGAAGGAGUUAUAAUAGGACAAACAGCAAAGCUAGGUUUAGCAUUCGUCUGUAGUUUGGAUGGUCUUUUGUUAGCUUGUUGUUUUCUUUAAAAUGCAUCUAUUAGAGAAAAAUGAGCAGAAUGGGGGAUAACGUAGCUUUUUUUGGCAGGGGAGAGAAAUUAAUGGGAUAGAUUGUCAAACAGAUAAUGACCCUUUUGGUCAAACCCACUAAAAAGAUAGCAGGUUCUUAGUGGGCACUCCAGAAAAGGAAGGAGAAAGAGCAUUCUCAUUUCCAUCUGGGUUUAAGUAUUCCCUCAGAUUUGAGACUUGAAUUUCAUAGAUAUGCCUUCGCAAAUAUGAAGGUCAUAGGAUCAUAGGUUUUAGAGAGGGUGCAUCCUGCCUAUUAUUUCUCCCCUCAUUGGAAUGCAGCCCUAGCAUAGUGAAUAGAGAGCCUGCCUUGGAAUCAGUGAGACCUGCUUUAAGUUCUGCUCCUAACACUGGCUGUGUGACCCUGGCUGGGCAAAUCACUUUAUCUCUCUAUGCCCCAGAUCACUCUGUGACUAAAACUUGCUAAGGAAGUGGUUAUCUGUGCUGAUAGACAAAGGGCCAAUUCCCCCAGAUUACUAUAGUACUUGUCUGUAGGAUUGUUGGGACGUUCAAAUGAGUAUCGUAAGUGUUUUUCAAAUUUUAUAGUACUAUAGUAAUGUCAGUUGUUAUUAAGGCGGCAGGAUCUUCCCACAUCACUGUGUUAAAUUCACCCCUUGAAGAAAGGUCAGUGUCACUACUCCAAGGAGCCUUGCUCCUCAUUUUUAAGGACUGUAUGGACCAGAAGGGACUACUAUUCAGAAUGAUACUAUUAGAGUAUUUUUACUAUUCUACCAAAAGAGGGAGAAUCAGUUGAAAUAGGCCUUUUAAGGGUUUGUAUUGCUAUAUGAUUAUCAGCAUUUAGAACUAUAAGGGACCUUAAAUGAGAUCUAGUUUAAUUCCCUUAUUCUACAUUUAGAGACUCAGAAUGCUGAACCAACUUGGCCAAGAACACAGAUGAUGGUAAAUAGCUGGACCAGAAUUAUAUCCCUGGUCCUUCCAGUCCAAUUCUCAUACUCUCCACUAUAUCAGUCGCCAUUGUCUUGUUAUUUUUUGUGGCGUUGAGUUUUUGCCUUAGAUUUUAAGUAUGUGUAAAAUAAAGUGCUUUUUAAUUGUGCUGUUCUUAUUCUCUAUUUGAUAAAUAGCAAACAGAAGCAUUUCAGUGUACCCCAAAACAGAAAGAAUUGAACAGAAAUUAAACAGUCAGCAACUAAUCAAUCAACACACAUUAAGUGUAUACUAUAUUGUCAGGCAUGUAGAACUAGAGAUACAGAAAGAGGCAAAAGACAAUCCCUGACCUCAGGGAGCUUGCAAUCUUAUGAAGGAGACACAUGCAAAUACAUAUAUACAAAGCAAGGUACAUACACAAGAUAAAUUAGAAAUAAUUAACAAAGGGAAGGCACUAGAAUUAGGGCUUGGGUGACAUAGUUUGCAUCUUUAAAGAAUAUAACAAGUUAAACACUUAGUUUUAAAAUUGUCCUAUUUGUCUCUUGUAGAACUUGCUUCAAUACUUUUGUGCAUUUUUUAAAAAAUGCUACAGUGACCUUCUUUUGCUUUUCUUGUUUGUUUUUGGUGAUACUAUUGAUAGAUCUAGGCUCCUUUCCAAAAUCCCUCCCAAAAUUGGGAGAUGAGGGAGCAAGAGGGAAGCUUUCCCUUAUAAGAAAUAAGACAGUAAAUCUUACCCAAAACAUAUCCGCCCUUUGACCAUCUCUAAAUAGAUCUUAGUGUCUAUCUCAGCCUUUUCCAUAAGUACCCCACUACUCUGUAAAGCUCUGUAGCAGAAGGUAGUCACUGCAUUGUUUAGAGUUCUUAAAUCUUUCAAAGCUGUUUCUCUUUACAGUGUUGUAUUAUAUUCAUUAUUUUAGUUCUGCUCAAUUUGCAUCAGUUCAUGUCUUCAUUUUCUCUGAAUCCAUCCCUUUCCCCAUAUAAGAAAUGGUAAAUGGCACAAGAACUUAUGGAAAUGGAAAAUGGCACAAAUGGAAAAAGAAAAUAUAAUGUAUUAUGUAUUGGUUAUUAUUCUUUUUAGUGGUAUAAAUAAAUGUACUUGUUAAUUUUGAUUGUGAUAAAUUUCAAGUUUUAAUUUGAUGUAAUCAAGGCUUUUUAUAUAAUUUCUUGUAUUUGUUAUUAACAGAAUCCAUAUUAACCCAACAGGUUUAUUUUAAUUUUUUUUAAGUAAUCAUAAUAACAUUUUAAGAUGAAAUACUGUAUUGAAGUAUAUAACUAGUUGUUUUGUGUAUUAAUGUAACAGUCUUACUGAUUAGGAAAGUAGUUCUUCCGACUGUAAGGAAGCAACAUUGGUAGAUACAGUUUUGAAGUUUAAAACAUUCAAUAAAGUGUUGUAUUUGGAAAAAA